AAAUGACAAAGAAUUUAAAAGUUACACCAAUUCUAGUGCUGGGAGUCCACGACAUGAGCGUCUCUUGAUACACUCCUGUGUUCUCCCCUCCAUGAAAACCAUCUUGCUAUACGACCAGUCAGUUCCUUGUUUGCCAUACAAAAUCCAAUAGUUUGCCUUUGGUACUCCGAACGUGUCAGUAUGCUUCGCAAUAGAAAUUAACAUCCGUAAUUUGUCCACUGUAAAAUAAUUCUAAUAUUAUCAAAAUAUUAUAAAAAUAAGUGUACAAAAAUGGAGAAAACAUUGUUAGAGUAUUGGUAUUUAUGUGGAGUUAAGGUUUAUGUGUAUGCUACACGAGAAAAGUGCAAGGGAGCAUAGUUGUUUCCUGUUGUGAGGCUGGACCGGCCUGUCGUAUGAUUACGUUAAUUUUUUUGCAAAGACACGAAUAACUCGUCGGAAACGUAGAGGCACGAGGACGAGUAAAGAGGCAUCAUCAGCAGUUGCGCGCUACUUUUUCCCAAUAACAUUGUCUCGAAAAACAUAAAAAAGGAAGGAUAGAAAUUGUGGGCCAGUGGUGAAGACGAAGAGAGAAUUGGAGGAACAGCGUGUAGUGUGUGAGGGUGGAAAAUGUGGUAGUGUGAAGAGUAAGGUGAACGACUAAAAGGCUUAUCCUUAAGAGUGAGGAGUUUCUGGUCGUUAAGAGGUCCACACCUCAGCUUCGCUUACUAGGCAAGUGUCCUCCUCUGUGUUUCCCUGGAGCACAAGAAUACAAUCGUUGCACGUUAAAUGUGUUAUGUAUUUACGAAGAAUACAUUGCGUAACGUCGACGGCCGGAAAACAUUCGACGUGUGUGGCAUCGCAGUUGAAGAGUAUAAUUUGUGAGGAAAUUUUGUCGCAAAAGUCUUAAUUUCUUUGCAUCUUACUUCAUCUCGUGUUUGUGCGUGGACGAAAUUUUUCACGCGUCCCUCAGCGCGCAGAAAGCUACCACUACAUCAUCAGUACACUACUACUAACCAGGGCGGCCCCCCUCGAUCGUGUGUCUGCCUUGCCUUGCCCCUCAACUUUGUAUUGUGUGUGUAUCUUGUACAUGUAGUUGUCUCCUCGUGUGGGACCGCUGGUUUUGCCGGCAAAUUCACUCCUACGUUAAAAGUACGCGUUUAUUCUUAUACGCCAUCAAUAGUAUUAACUUUAUGACAAUUGUCUGAGUUUUCUGGUAGUCGUAGUGUCAUCUUUCAGAUGUUUAAGACAUAGUAAACCAAUAAUAUAAUACGUUAAAGAAAGAAUAAGAUCAUUUCAUCAUCAGUUGUGGUUUCUUCAACCGAGUUUCAAUCAAAAACCAGAUGGAAAUCGGGCUCAUUGAUUCACCUGAUUCCACCUUUAUCUGAUAGAUUUUCCAAUGUAAUUUGAAAUGAAACGAGUUCGUGGGGUGGACGAAGUAGCAUCGCCAGCAGGAGCAACACUGAAGCAUUCUUCAAUAGGUGGAGGUCUUGGAGUUGGUGGAUUAGGAAGUGGAGGCGGUAGUGCGAAUUUAGAGUAUCAUUCUGCUAGUGGAAUAGGAGGUGGAGUUACUUCUGGUCAAAGUGUUAGACCUUUAUCAUCCAAAGAGAUGCCUGGUAGCAUACAGUUUGGAACUACUCAAACACAACAGCAAUAUGCGGGGGCUAUUGUUGUUCCAACAGCAGCCCCAUCUCCAGUAAAGGUGCACUCUAGUAGUGCAGCCCCAUUACCGCCUACACCACCAGGAGGUAGUGUUAGUACAGGUGGAGGAUCUCAACAACAAUUCCAAAGGUUGAAGGUCGAAGACGCCCUAUCAUAUUUGGAUCAAGUGAAAUAUAAAUUCAGUGAUCAACCACAGGUGUAUAAUGAUUUCUUGGAUAUUAUGAAAGAAUUCAAGUCUCAAAGCAUAGAUACUCCUGGUGUAAUAACAAGGGUUAGCAAUUUAUUUAAGGGCCAUCCCGAAUUGAUAGUAGGAUUUAAUACAUUUUUACCGCCUGGUUAUAAGAUUGAAGUACAUUCAAAUGAUCAAGGCCAACUCUUCUCAGUAUCUGUAAGCAUGCCGAGUCCAACACCAACGCAUAUAACAACUAUUUCUCAGCAUCAUUGUACGGCAAAUGUUGGUUCACCACCGGUUGCGAGUCCUCCGAGUCAACCUGCAAAAGCUCCGUCUGUUUUACAAAUAAUGCAAGGAUCCACUAACAUACAUCAUACAAUUGGAAAUAAUAUUUCAAAUAAUAGUUUGACUGUUCACGCGCCGUCCCCUCCGCCAAUACAAUCGUACAACAAUUCUCACAUCAGUGCAGCGCAAGCGCAAGCCGUAAGUCAAGCCCUGAGCCAGGCGCAGGACGGUGUUCAGAAUAGUGGACAGACGCAGCAGAGUCAACCGGUCGAAUUUAAUCAUGCCAUCAACUACGUCAAUAAGAUUAAAAAUCGAUUCCAAGGUCAACCGGAUAAAUACAAACGUUUCCUGGAGAUUCUUCACACAUAUCAAAAGGAACAGCGUAGCCUGAAAGAAGGAGGAGGCCUCAUGGGUGCUGGUAGCGGUGGUGGUGUUGCUUCAGGAGGGAAGCAUCUUACUGAAGCAGAAGUUUACAGUCAAGUAGCUAAAUUAUUUGAAAAUCAAGAGGAUCUUUUGGCGGAGUUUGGUCAAUUUUUACCCGAUGCAUCGAAUCAACAAGGAGCAUUAGCUAAAAUGUUUCAGGGCAACAAAGGCUCCGCAGUUAACGAUCAUACUACAAUCGUUAAGAAGCCACUUGGACCAAAAGCACCUUACAAUAAUGCUGGUAACAUACCACGAGAUCACAGAGAUCCUAUUGGUACUGUAAAUCUUGAUCGUGACGGAAGAGAUCAUCGGGAACGAGAUCGUGAUCGAGACAGGACUGGAAUUAGAGAUUUGAAUAAUAGUCAAAAAUUCGGUCAUAAUGUUAGUCAAUUAAAGCGAAGCCCGUCCUUUUCAACAUCUGUAUCUACUGGUAACUCUCAUCAUGUGCCUCAUGGACCUCCUCCACCUAAAAAACACAAAGUUACAGCGUCUUCACGUGAUGUUACUAUUGCUGAAGCUGGAAAGUAUGGUACCUUAAACGAUUACGCUUUCUUUGACAAAGUGCGGAAGGCUUUGAGAUCUCCAGAAGUCUAUGAAAAUUUCCUAAGAUGUUUAGUUUUAUUCAAUCAAGAAAUAGUGUCAAAAUCCGAGUUAGUGCAACUUAUUACACCGUUCCUUGGUAGAUUCCCAGAACUUUUACGUUGGUUUAAAGAUUUUCUUGGGCAUUUACCAGAAUCAACAAAUUUAACCUCGACCAAUCCAGCGGGUAACAUGAACAUUGAAGCACUUCCUAAUAAUGUAGUGAGAAGUCAUCAGGAACGGCCACAGGGUGAUCUUGCUAUGGAAAUAGACUAUACGACGUGUAAAAGACUUGGUGCUUCUUAUUGUGCAUUACCUAAGUCGUAUAUGCAACCUAAAUGUACAGGAAGAACACAACUAUGUAAAGAAGUUCUGAAUGAUACUUGGGUAUCAUUCCCUACGUGGUCAGAAGAUAGCACAUUUGUUACUUCUAGGAAAACACAAUAUGAGGAAUUUAUAUACCGCUGUGAAGAUGAAAGAUUUGAGUUAGAUGGUGUUAUAGAGACAAACGCAGCUACGAUAAGAGUGCUUGAAGGUGUUCACAAGAAGAUGAGUAGAAUGAGUCAAGAAGAAUUGCAAAAAUUCAAACUUGAUGACUGCCUUGGUGGAUGUUCGCCUACGAUACACCAACGUGCACUCAAACGGAUAUAUGGUGAUAAAGCUGCCGAUAUAAUCGAUGGAGUAAAGAAGAAUCCCGCGGUAGCAGUACCUUUGGUGCUCAAGAGAUUGAAGAGUAAAGAAGAAGAAUGGCGAGAAGCACAAAAGGGUUUUAAUAAAAUAUGGAGAGAACAGAAUGAAAAAUACUACUUGAAGUCGUUAGAUCAUCAAGGCAUCAACUUUAAACAGAAUGACGUUAAAGCACUCAGAUCUAAGAGCCUUUUCAAUGAAAUCGAAACUUUAUAUGAUGAACGUCACGAACAAGCUGACGAUGCAGCAAGUACAGGACAUAGUAAUAUUGGACCCCAUUUAGUGUUGUCCUACAAAGACAAGUCUGUCUUUGACGAUGCAGCUAACUUGUUAAUACACCAUGUCAAAAGACAAACUGCUAUCCAUAAGGAGGAUAAACAACGAAUAAAAAUUCUCCUUAAACACUUUAUACCCGAUCUCUUUUUCCAUCCACGGCAAGAAUUAAGUGAUGAUGAGCGUGAUGACGAUGAAGAGAAAGAAGAUACGGGUAUUACACCAUGUGGUAGUAAUUCACAAACGUUAACAGCAUCUACAGCUACUGUUAGUAAUCUUCAAAAUGCUAGAAACAAAACACCUCAAUCACCACCGAAUGCAUCGAUAAAAAUAGAACAAGAUAUUAAAGUUCCUGUUCAUGCAAUGUCUGCAGAUCCGGAAGAAGCGUAUACACUAUUUAUGGGCAGCAAUAGUUGGUAUCUCUUUUUGAGGUUACACCAAAUACUUUAUGAAAGGUUGACGAAAAUGUAUGAAAGAGCACAAGCAUUAGCAGAAGAAGAAUCAAGAUAUAAACAGCAAAGAAAAGAAAGUACAGCUGUAGCAUUAAGGUUAAAACCAAAAAGUGAGCUUGAAAUAGAAGACUAUUAUCCUGCCUUUCUCGACAUGGUAAAGAAUGUACUUGACGGCAAUAUGGAGAGUACAGUCUAUGAGGAUACCUUACGAGAGAUGUUUGGCAUUCACGCCUACAUAGCUUUUACACUCGACAAGGUUGUAACAUAUGCAGUGCGACAGUUGCAGCAUUUGGUUGGUGAUUCAAUAUGCCAGCAGUGCAUGGAACUCUUUCAACGUGAACAACGUCAGCCAAAAGAAAAUUGUGGAGCGGGUGGACUAUGCGCAACUGCCCAUUUACGAGCUGGUGCUGAAAUGGCUUAUCAAAGAAGAGCUGAAAAAACGAUGGCUGAAGAAAACUGUUUUAAAAUCUACAUAUACAAGAAAGCGUGUAAAAUGACAAUAGAACUGUUGGAUACGGAAGGCGAGGAAACAGCAGAGGGUUGCAACGAGAGAGAAAGAGAGGUGAAUGCUUCAGAAAAAUGGUCGACAUACGUCGAAAGGUUCUCGACACCGGUUGCUCAAACCAGUCCGAAGGAAACACCAUCGACAUCACCGAACAAUGAGCCAACCACUAAUCAUCCUGUGAGUAGCGACCAGGCAGCAAGGGGGGGAAGGGGCAGAAAGCGCAAGAACACUGACAUUAAUAAGAAGAUCGAAGGAAAUGGUUGGAGUUCCUUAAGCAGAAUUAUGGCUGGACGAAAGCCUGUGUUUUUAUAUAGGAAUGUGAGACAGUGGAGAAAACGAGCAGCUAGGACGAUGAAGCCUUUGAGGAGUCAAUCUGAAAAAAAUACAGAUUCUGCCGAAGUUGAUAAAACUGAACAAGAAAUGGACUCAGUUGGGCUGUUAUUGAAGAGACCAGUUACCUUGAGAAUGACAAACACCAAUGACAGUGGAGAUAUUAUCACAUCAGAUGAUACUCUAUGUACAUUUAAUCCCAAUAGUUAUCAUAUGCUCUAUGUUGCAAGUAAAGAAGCUUUUCUUUAUAAGCAGAAUUCAUUCACACGAGCAAAGGAGUGUCACGCAACUAUUACAAAGAAUUUGAAUAGCAAGUUUCAUCGAUGGCUAACAAAUUGGACGUCAAAGAACGUAGCAGAUUUACAACAUCGAUUGUGUCAAGACUGGUUAAUGGGACGCUCUGAAAAUUUAAUUCCGCAUAGGACCCGAGUGAUUACUGACAACAAUCAGAAUCGGACUCCGUAUAGACCAUACAAUCGAUAUAAAGUUGAAAGAUUAAACUCCGAAUCUGGAAUAGAACAGUCAACAUAGCUGUUCUAAUAAUCAUUUUCUUAUAGUUAAACAGACAGAUACUCUGAAUGUGAAUGACAGAGGUUUUCUUCGUUCAAGUGCGCGUGUGUGUACAUAAACUUCAAGACAUUGAUCAUUAAUUAUUCAUCAAUGAAGAUAUGUAAAGAAAUGUACAGUUUAUAGUUUGACUUUCAACGACUUUCGCUAAUACUUGGGAGAUAAUUUUUUUCGAAUAUCAUUGCCAUGACCAUUGUUUUUUAUGAUUAUUGGUUACUUUUAUGCCGAAAUCUCACGCUCUGUUGAUUCGAAUAUUUCACCAAUUAUUACAUAUAUAUUUAUAUAUUAUCUUAUAUAUAAUUGAUUAUUUUUAUCAUUUAUUUGCAUUCCAUAACCAAUUUUUUAUAAUGUGUAUUACAAUCUUUUUGAAAAAAUUUAUUUUAUACAAUAUUUUGUAUUCAUUUGAUAAGAAAAUUAGGUUCAUUCGACUCAAUGAGUAUGACGAUUUCGAAGAGAAUAAUGAUGUGGUUUGAUAGUAAAUUAACUCGGUGUAAAUUGAAUAUUCAUUGCUUCAAUUUGAAUUGAUGGACCAUCAUUCAAUGAGGACAAUUACCUCUUUCGAUAUACAAUCGUAUAGUACAAGAUGUCAUGGCCUUAUUAAUCAAAAUAUGUACAAAAUAUGCAACUACAUAUUUAUAUGAAUAAUUCUUUUCAUUUUCUAGUUAAUAAAAAAUUGAUUUGUUAUUAAGUAUAACAUAAAGAAUAUGAAGAUUAAAAAUGAAGCAUUUUGAUUCUGACUUCAAAACAUAAAUAUAAUAAAUUAUACUAAUUAUUAUUUGAUAAUGUAUAAUAUAGUAACUAAUGAAAUUAUGAAAAAAAUAGAUGACUGAAUUUUAGAGGAUAAAUGUUCAUAAAUUGUUGAUAUAGAUUUUUUAUAAAAAAAAAUAAAGUUAUUUCAGAGUGCUUCUAUAUUCACAUAAAUUCUUUUUAGUAUUGUUUAUUUUAAUUUUUAUUCCGAAUGU